AUGGCCGAUCCGCUCUACCCCGCCGACGCCUCACGCUCCGCCACCGCAUCCACCUCCGGCGCGCCCUACACACCUAAACUUCGCGGCGGCUCCUUCUCCUCCUCCUCCGCCUCCAAGCCUUCCAAGCCCUCGGCUUCCGCAUACGACCCUUCCUUCCACCCGGGCAUCCUCAAUCUCGGCAACACCUGCUUCCUCAACUCGGUCAUCCAGGCCAUCGCCAACACUCGCGACUUUCGCCUCCUCAUACAGGGUCCCGACGCCGAUCAGCGCCCAGCCUCGCUCGCUCCCACACCACCGCCCUCGAAUCGCCACACCCAAUGGCCCAACCGUGACCAGAGCCCGGCAUUACGCGUCAGCGACACCGAGCACGGCCGUCGCAUCGACCACCCGCCCAAUCCUAACGGCAGUCUCGAUUCCUCCCUCGCCUCCAUCGCCACUCUCCCUGCACAAGAUCCGGCUGCCACCAUCAAGCCACCCAAGCACUCGGCUCCUCUCGACCAUGCCGCACCACUAUCCACUCGAGCCACCCCCGACUCGUCAGCCGCGCCGCCAUACGAGCCCGACGUGCUCGAUCUGCCCCUCAACACCGCCUUCCGCCACGUGCUCGAAAAGUUCUGGUCCGACGCCCACAAGUCGCGCAGCUCCAUCAACGUGAACCCAAAGCGUUUGCUCACCCAGCUCGGCAAAAAGUACGACCAGUACCUCGAAUACGGUCAGCAAGAUGGCCACGAGCUCAUGCGUCACCUGCUCGACGCCUGCCGCAUGGAGGAGCUCGACCUCAUCAAAAAGAUGCGCCCUCGUCCCGCCAGCUCCGAAGCGCCAAACACGCAGCUCGUCACCCUCCCAGCCGCUACAUCCCGCGUCGCACCUGGCGCCCCGCCCACCGACGACGAAGCGCUUCUGCCCUUUCUCGACCUGCUCUUCUGCGGCAAGCUCGCGAGCAUGGUCGUCUGCGAAGGCUGCAAAAAGGUCUCUCACACCUACGAAGACUUUUACGACAUCAGCCUCAGCUUGCGAGACGACGACGCAAAUCCAAAGUCGCGUCGCAGAGACCGUUUGCGUAGCAUGGCAGAUCGCUGGAGGCGCGCCACGCAGGGUCGAACCAUCAUGGACCGCAAGUCGGCCGCCGCCGCCACCGCCGCCGCAUCCAACUCCGAAACACCCGUCGGAACUCCGCGCUACAGCGAGAACGACACCAGCGACGCCGACUCCACCGCUCUCCAGCGUAAAAAGUCGGCCAACCUCCUUUCGCCCGACGAGCCCGGCCGCGGCCGCUUCCAGCUGCGCACCCGUAGCCUCAGGAAGAGCGCCGGCCGCCACGAGAAGCUUGGCGCCACCUCGGGAAGCGAGAUGGAGCCCGACUUUCCCGACAUGGCCUCGCUCUCCCUGGCUCCCAGCGGCGUCUCCCGUCCCUACGUCGACUCGGCCCCCGCGUCCGCAGGCGAAGACAAUGGCGAUGCGCGCACGGGCACCCGUGUCGCUCGCAUGCUCGGAAGCGCUCGCCCCGCCGCAGAUGCCAGCAGUCGCGAGACCAGCCCCAAUCCAGGUGUUGCUCGCUCCGCCGCUCCCACCUUGGCCGCCGGCAUGCGUCCCCCGCUCCGUGCCACCAAGUCCUCGUCGCACCAGUCGGCCUACAUCUCUCGCAUCAUGGCCGACGACCCCACCACCCCGGCCAACUCGGCAGCUCCUCGCAAAGCAGGCGCUCCCUCGCCGCUCUUCGACGCCGUGUCGGCCGCGGCUUCCGCCCAGGGCAAGCCCCUUCACGGCCUCUUCCGCUCCGUCGGCGCUCAUCCACGCUCCAGAGAUCCAUGCGCCGACUUUGAGCCCGAUCCCCACUCUCGAGGCGCCAAACGCCGCCAAAAGGUGCGCCAAGACCAGGCCGACACAGGGCUCAUCGGCUCGCUUCGCCAGUUCACCAGCGUCGAGGUGCUCGACGGCGACAAUAGCUUUGCUUGCAAGAACUGCUGGCGACUGGCCAACCCGCCCAACGCCCAGGAGCGCGAGCAGAUCCGACGCAGGCGUCGUCGCAAAGGCGCACAAGCCGCCGAUGUCGACGAUGACGACGCCAGCGAGCCCAGCUCGUCCGACGCCGACUCGGACCUCGACAAGAGCACCAAGACGCCAGUCGGAGACGCCACGCUCACCGCUCCACCCAGUAGCGCCGACAUGAAUGGCACUCGGAUCACCAGCUCGACGAGUCAGAGCACGCUGGCCAACAGCAGUGUUGAUUUCAUCAUGACGAGCUCCAGCGCCUCGCUCUCGUCCCGCCAACGAUCCGACAUUCCCACCAUCUCGAUGACAUCGGCCGACGCGUCGGCUGACAGCAUCGACUUGACUCUACACAACUCCAUCGGCGGCGUGGAGAGCGUAGACGGCGUCAUCGCCAGAGACUAUGCCAAGCCGAGUGGUGCAGCUGCUGCUGCCGCUCCGCCCUCUGGCCCCAACGGCGUCAUGAUGCAUGGCCGCAUGGGCUCCGAAUCCAGUCUCAGCAGCGUCGAGGCUGCCGCGCAGCGCCAACAGCGGACCGGCCUUGCGCCCAACAAUGGCUACGACACCGGCACCGAGACCGACAUGUCGGGAUUCUCAACCGGCAUGGACGAAUCGAACGCGUCCACGGGCGAAGGCACCGACACCGACGAGCCAGGUGCGGCUGGCAACGAAGCCAAGCGCGCGCCUGGGCGGGAUGGACCCAAGCGCUCGGCGCAGAGCCUGCCUCGGCGUGCGCUCAAGCGCUACCUGAUCGCCUCGGCUCCGCCCGUGAUGAUCUUUCAUCUGAAGCGCUUCCAGGCUACUGGCCGCGGCUUUGUCUCUGGCCUGGCGGGCUUCAAGAAGAUUGACGACCAGAUCACGUUUCCCGAGUACCUCGACAUUACGCCGUGGCUUGCGCCGCCCAGGGAGGAGUACGACCGACGCGGCAGGCUCAAGGCCACGAGCGACCCAUUGGCCAUCCGGAGGCGUGCGGAGGAGGAGGCGACCAACGCGGGCGUGGAUGCGCGCAACGUGCGCGUCGAGGUGUCGGGCGUGCACGGCCGCGGCUCGCGCCACGCGCAUCACGCGGACAAGAAGGGCAGGAGGCACGGCAUGUGGUCGUGGCAUCUGCACGACAAUGCCAAGCACCCGCGCGGCGCGCACGCAGUCGACGCCAAGGGCGGUGACCUGGACGAGGGACCCAAGGUGCAGUCGUCGACGGGCCACGAGAUUGUGCCGUCGAUCAUCAGGCGACCCAAGACCGAGUAUCGCCUGUACGCGGUGAUUGUGCAUCAGGGCUCGCUCUCGGCUGGCCAUUACACGGCGUACGUUCUGUCGGAUCGGAUCAAGCUCAAGGAGGGUCAGAAGGAGCUCGUGGCCAGGUCGGCACCCACGAGCCGCACCAACACGCCUGCGCCGCCGGGCUCCAGUGCCGCGCCGGCUGGCAGCAGCAAGGACACGGGUGGACUGGGGCAGUUCUUCCUGGGUGGGAGCCGGCCGGCGCGCAACGGCACGUCGUCGCCCGCGCCGGUGCCUGUUCGACCGGCGUCUGCGGCGCCUGCUGCGUCGGUGGCUAUGACGAGUGUGGCAUCGACAACGUCGCUGGGCAAGAGCAGUGUGUCUGGCGGAUCGUCGCACGACAUUGCGCCCCAGACAUCGAUCUCGUCGCUCGAAGACGGCUCGGUUUCGUCGGCGGUGGCUGCGAGUGGCAGUGGAAGCGAGUCGUCGGUGGGGCCCAAGCUUGUGAGGCCACGGCCGCAGCUCAAGCCGAUGGCGUCGUGGGAUAGCCUGGACGAGCUGGAACAGUCGCAUGCCACGGGGGCUGCGACGCCAACAUCAGCUACGGUGGUGUCGCCCGCCGCGCUGGAGCCGGCACCGGCUGUACCGACGGUGGCAAGCCAGAACAGCAAUGCGCACCGACACGUGGAGACGGCAACGGCGAGCGACGACGACGACGAUGUGGACCCGCGCAAACACGACGACGGCCGAAGAUGGGUGUAUACCUCGGACACGAUCGUGCGCGCCGCCACGAUCGACGAGGUGCUCAAGGCCAAAGCGUACAUGCUGUUUUACGAGCGCAUCUAG